AUGGGAAAAGCAGAACAGAAUUUUUUAAGAGUAGAUCUUUUGGGUGGAGAACAAAAAAAUGCUGAUGAAAAUUUGAACGAACAAUCUACAGACCAUUUAUCUGAUGCUGCUAAGCCACAACCUAAACAAAAAAAACAUCGAACUACUGAUUAA